CGCAGGCGCGGGGAGGGCCGGGCGCGCUGGGGCGGGAAAGGCGCUCCCGCGCGGGAGCCCGAGCAGGCUGCGCGGCGCGGCAGCCAACAUGAAGGUCAUCACUUGUGAAAUAGCAUGGCAUAAUAAGGAGCCUGUUUACAGCUUGGACUUCCAACGUGGAGCUGAUGGGAAGAUCAAUAGACUAGCCUCAGCAGGUGUGGACACAACUGUUCGUAUAUGGAAAGUGGAAAAAGGGCCGGAUGGGAAAGCAAUUGUGGAGUUCUUGUCCAACCUUGCCCGCCAUACCAAGGCAGUGAAUGUUGUGCGCUUCUCUCCAAGUGGUGAGAUCCUAGCAUCUGGAGGAGAUGAUGCUGUUAUUUUAUUAUGGAAACUGAAUGAUAGCAAAGAAUUGGAACCAUUAGUUUUUCAAGAUGAAGAUGAAGCUCAGCUCAACAAGGAGAACUGGACAGUUGUUAAAACUUUAAGAGGCCACUUAGAAGAUGUAUAUGAUAUCUGUUGGACCUCAGAUGGAAAUUACAUGGCUUCUGCUUCUGUAGACAACACAGCUAUAAUGUGGGAUGUCAGUAAAGGGCAGAAGGUGUCAAUAUUAAAUGAACACAAGAGCUACGUACAAGGAGUAACCUGGGAUCCUCUAGGCCAAUACAUUGCGACUCUGAGUUGUGAUAGGGUCCUGCGGGUAUACAAUACACAGACCAAGCGUGUAGCGUUUAAUGUCACCAAGAUGCCAUCUGGAUCAGGAGCGGAAGGAGAGGCUAGGAGCUAUCGAAUGUUUCAUGAUGACAGCAUGAAGUCAUUUUUCCGCAGGCUCAGUUUUACUGCUGAUGGUUCUUAUUUGCUCACUCCAGCUGGCUGUGUUGAAUCAGGAGAAAAUGUAACAAACACCACAUAUGUUUUCUCCAGAAACAAUCUUAAAAGGCCCGUGGGUCAUCUGCCAUGUCCUGGAAAGGCAACUCUUGCUGUUCGCUGCUGCCCUGUCUACUUUGAGUUGAGACAAGCAUUUAAUAAAGAUGACAUCAGUCAGAAGACAUCUCCUGCUCUGUUUAAUCUGCCCUAUCGAUUGGUUUUUGCUGUUGCUUCAGAAGAUUCUGUGCUUUUUUAUGAUACUGAACAGUCUUUCCCCUUUGGCUACGUUUCUAACAUACAUUAUCACACUCUCAGUGACAUUUCAUGGUCCAGCGAUGGAGCCUUUCUUGCUAUUUCUUCCACGGAUGGAUACUGUUCAUUUGUUACCUUUGAGAAGGAUGAACUGGGAAUACCACUAAAGGAAAAGCCACAGAUAAAUGUCAGGACUUCUGGUGCAGCAGAGAAGAAAGUGAAAAAGAGUCAGUCGUACAAAGCCAUUUCUCCAGGCUCUAGGCUGGCAGAGGGGCCUCCUUCCAGCAGGAUCACAGAUCCUAGCACUCCCACUCUCCAACCUAGAACUACAACUACCAGUAAGGACUUGCCUUCCACACCUGGUGGCAUAAAAUAUAUUCCAGUCUCAUCCUUAGACAAGAGGAAAAUCAGCCAGCCAACCAGCCAGAGCACUAAAGUAAACCAGCCCAGGAGGAUUACUCUCAACACUUUACAAGCAUGGAGCAAGACACCAAGGAGAGUAAACUUGAUUCCACUGAAACCAGAUAUGCCAACUUCUGCGUGCACAGAUACAGUUCCUUUAUCUCCUUCCUCAGAACAAGAACUUGAGAGGCCAUUGCCAUCUGAUGAGAGUCUUCAAAAUCCCCCCGCAUCAAAACGUCCUAGAACUGAGGAAAUGUCACUUUCUACAUCUGCUGAAGAUCAAGUCAGCUGCAAUUCAAAGAAAUGAAAGUUAAGCUUUUAGUAGCCACUUCACAGUCUGAAUGUGAUGCAGCCAUAUCUGAGUGCAUUUCUUCUUGCAAACAUUAAGUCCUCAAUUCCUGAUUGAAGUACAAUAUACAUAUUCGACGUAGUGCUGUGAAGGAAGAAGCAGAUGGUAGAAGACACAGGUUUCAGGAAGAGGAAAUAGUUUGCAGAAGAGGAAAUAGUUGCAAAGUGACUUUAAAGUGCAUUUCUAUGCUUAAAGACAGUAUUCUUCAAGAACUGCCACAUCUUAAGGAAAUCAGGAAAGUCUGGGUAUUGAAAACCCAUACAGUAACCUCGAAGUCUCCAUUAGAGUCCCUAAGUUGAUCUUUAUAAAGUAUUAUGUCUUCCAGUAACCAGUCUGGCAAAAGAACAGAAUUUCUAAUAGCUUAAAUGCAUUCAUAAUGAUCUGAUAUGGUUUAAGACAAAAAAAAAAAUCAUUCAAGCAUCUUGGAAUGGAUGUUUAGCAAUGUGCCAAAUAGUCCAUGCUGUCCAGUACAUGUGGAAUGGAAGCUGAUGUUCACACCCUCUGAAUGCAGCAGCAUGCAGUAUGACUGAUAGGACUGAAACAUGAAUCAGAACUUGUAACUACGAGAAACAAUGAACCAAAAGGAAGAAACCUUCUGAAGACCUGUUACGAGCAUUAUAAAUGAAAUAAAGUACUUAAUUGUUUAGUUUCUCUAUUAAAAUAAAAAAUGCAGAUAGGAGAUUUUCCUGGGACAGCAGGAUUUUAGCCUAUAUAUUGGAAGUUUCCCCCUUUUCCUUUUUUCCAAAUCUUAACUCCCAUAGCCAAUAAAAUUAUACACAUCCAGGGUAUGUUAAGUUUCUAAAAGUUUCUUUUCUGCAUUUAAUACUGGCACUAAGAAUUUAUAAAUUAAACUAUGACCUCCAGAUUGAAAACAAUGAGACAAAAUUACUACACUGGAUUUGCUGUAACGUGCAGUAUUAGCCUUCAGAAGUGGAAUGCUCAGAUGUGGUGUUCUGAGCUUGUCCACUUGGCUUUGCUUCAGCGUCAUGGAUUUGCUUUUAAAUAGUGAAAGUUCUUAAAAUGUGAAUAGUCAUUCCAGCUGAUGGUAGCAUGUAGAAAUUUUAAGCAGAACUUUCAUGGUUUAGGCUGUUCCAGCCUAGUUCCACAACAUACAGGAGGAAUGAAUGACUUUCCCUGGAUUUGGUUGGUUUUAAGGUGCAUAAUUUCUGAUUCACUUUCUGUCAGUUUCUAAGAAAGUGGACUAAUACUUCAGAAAAGCAGAAAUGCAAACGUUUGUGAAGUGAUUCACAAAAACUUCACAGGGGGAAAAUAUUAACAAAUAUCUAUGUCAGUGUUUUAUGCAAAUUAAAUAAGUUGCCUAUAAUUACAGAAAUAGGCAAUGAGUUCUAGGAAGCUUACAGCUUUGAACCACUGAGAUGAACAUGGAGACUUGCCCAAACCUCUGUUUUCUUCUAGUGAGAAAUACGACUUAAUUGCCAAGCAAAGCUACAUCAAAAACUCUUUAUUCCACAAAAGUUUCUAGAGGUACCUAAAUUAAACUUUGGAGAUAUACCUAAACCUGCCAAAGCAGAUCUUUGUAACUAACAUGUAUUGCUGGAUUUGUCGUUUUGUUUUUUGUCCAAUCUGAGCUACAAAAAUACUGAUAUUUCAUCUUUCUGUGGCCCAUUCCAGUACAGUACUGCAGUGUUUAGUUUUCUGCACUGCAAAGCAUCUUUUGAAUUCCAACUUACACUUCCAAUUACUAACUGCAAAGCUAUCCUGGUAGAUACUUCUAAAUCUUGGUUUUGUUUUUAUUUGUUAUGUUUUUUUUACACACUGUGUUACAAUGUAAGCUACUGCUUCUGUUGAAAAGUGGUAGGUUUGGUAUAUCAUUUCAGUGUUACUGGCAUACCUAAUCUCUGUGGCCUUCAGUCUUCAGAUGUGAGUAAUGAACAGAGUAUUUAUCUUUGUUUCAUACCAUAACCAUUCAGGUGACAUCCAGAUUUUCUAUAUGGUUGCUCAGCUUAUUUUCUCUCUUACAAUUGAAUUGGAGCUGUAAAGUUAAUGUGGCUUUCACUGCUGCCAUUUGGAGACUAUUUUUACACCAUUAUCUCUGUUGGAAAUCUCUACUUGGUAUUUUGUCUUCCCUAUUAAUAUUUUUUUCUCUUCAUUUGUAGUUGUCUCUUGCUGCUAUAAUUUCCUAGUUCUCUGUUGUUUCUGUUACUUGCACAUUAGCUUGUCAGUUUUAUGUGGCACUAGGCUUUUAACUUUUUGCUAUAAAUGGAGGCCAUUAUUCAUAUAAUAAAUAUUUUUAACACCAUGACAGUCAGAA